AUGUCAAAUACUCCCACCGACGCAGGCAAUACGUUGAUCAAAGAUUUAAAGCCUGGAUUGAAAAAUGUCAAUGUUGUUUUCAUAGUAUUGGAAAUCGGCCGUGUAACUAAGACUAAAGACGGGCAUGAGGUACGCUCAUGUAAAGUUGCAGACAAGACCGGCAGCAUUACCGUCUCCGUUUGGGAUGAGGCAGGCAGCUUUAUUCAAACCGGAGACAUCAUUCGUCUCACGCGAGGAUACGCUUCUCUCUUCAAAGGCUGUCUAACUCUCUAUUCUGGAAGGGCUGGAGACUUGCAAAAAAUUGGAGAGUUUUGUAUGGUUUUCUCUGAGGUGCCAAAUUUCAGUGAACCUAACCCAGAGGUGCUUGCUCAAAUCAACCAGAUAAACAAACCUCUAAUGGCCCCACAGUGUCUUAUUCCUCAAAUGGUGCCUCACCACUUCCUCGAGACUGGGCAUUUGGAGCAGGAGGACGGGGUGUAG